AUGGACGUUCCGAGUUCCGAUGUUGCGGGUUUGGAUUUCCCGUCGCCGGGCGGCGGAGGGGGCACCGGACGACUCAUCCGGUCUCGCGCCAUGCGGUUCCUAGAGUCGCCCAUUGCGUCCCUAAUCGAAUAUUCCGGCGUCGCCCGGUUGUUCCGGCCGGAGUACUCUUACUCCGAGGCCAUCCCUCUUGUGCCCGAGAGCACCAGCUCCGGCGCGGAUGCUCUAAACCCUGGGAGUGGAAAUGGAGAUUCCGGCAACGAAGGUGAGGUUUCGAUUCGGAUAAUGGGGGAGGAUGAUGGAGGUGAGGGUGGAGAUGCCGGCGUGGAGGGGGUCGGAUUGGGUGCCGCCGGGUCGACGGUUGGGGCCGGCGAUGUGAACGGGAAUGGGGGAGGUGCUGACGGUGGCGGUAACAGUGAAGGGUCUUCGCACCAGAGGUUUGAUAUUCAGCAGGCGGCGAUGUGGCUGGAGCAGAUUCUUCCGUUUUCGCUGCUGUUGCUGAUUGUUUUUAUCAGGCAACACUUGCGAGGAUUUGUCAUUACCAUUUUCUCUACUAUAGUCUUGUACAAGUCAGAUGACAUUCUCCGAAAACAAACUGCUCUGAAGGGAGAACGAAAGCUUACUGUUCUAGUUGGCUAUUCUGCUUUUUUAGUGCUUCAUAUAUUUGGGAUCUACUGGUGUAACUGGAGGGACGAUCUUUUCCUUCCAUUGCUUAUGAUUCCUCCAAAGGCAAUCCCACCUUUCUGGCAUGCCAUAUUCAUCAUCCUGGUAAAUGAUAUAAUGGCGCGGCAAACAACAAUGGUCAUCAAGUUUUUUCUGUUAAUGUAUUAUAAGAACGGUAAAGGCCACAAUUUUCGUAGACAGGGCCAAAUGUUGACACUGGUUGAGUAUACACUUCUUCUUUACCGUGCAUUAUUGCCAACCCCUGUAUGGUAUAGAUUCUUCUUGAACAAGGAAUAUGGGAAUCUCUUUUCAUCACUUACGACUGGAUUAUAUUUAACAGUCAAGCUAACAUCAAUUGUCGAGAAAGUCCAAUCUUUAGUUGCCGCAUUUAAGGCAUUAUCUAAGAAGGAAGUUCAUUACGGGUCUCAUGCGACACCUGAGCAGGUAAAUGCAGCUGGUGACCUAUGUGCAAUAUGCCAAGAAAAAAUGCAGAUGCCCAUUUUGCUAAGCUGCAAGCAUAUAUUCUGUGAAGACUGUGUUUCCGAAUGGUUUGAGAGAGAGAGAACGUGCCCUCUGUGUAGGGCUCUGGUUAGGCCUGCCGAUAUUAAGUCGUUCGGGGAUGGGUCGACUAGUCUUUACUUCCAGUUUUUCUGA